AUGGCCAUGUCUACUGUCUCAAUUCAUGUCUUUGGUGAUGUUCCUUCUUCUCCUCUUGUUGGAGUUCUUCAGGACAAUAUAAAAAACUGGAGGACAUCUGCUUUGAUUCUAACUUCAAUACUGUUUUUGGCAUCUGGAAUAUGGUUUAUAGGUAUUUUUGUUCAAAGUGUGGAUAGAUAUAAUGAAGAUAGUGAGCAUCAAGAUGGAAAUACUGAGCGAACAAAUACAACACCAUUGCUUGAAGAAAAGACGAUUGAGACAGAUGUUGGUUCUUCUGAAUCAUGAAGAUGACAGGAUCUUUUGAGGGGUAUAAAUGUCUUUUUCUUUUUUAACAAAUAGUAGAUGGUACAGCCUCUCACCAGCUAGCUAUUCUUUCCUUUUUGAUGGUAUUCUUGUUUGUAAGUAUUUUCGUUUUGAGCUUACUUAGGAUUUCAGAUAUGUUCAUAGUUAAAUGCAUCGGGUUUUACACAUGCUUUUCUUUUCAACUAAUGGAAGGGUUUUAUCAUUUUAUGGUUAUGUUAUCGGGAUGAAUCUGUUGG